GAAUAUGAAGGAAAAAUAUAAAAGACAUUGUAAUGACUAAUAUAUUAAAAUUUAACAAAAAUUAAACCCAAAGAUAUUUUAUUCAAAACUAUUUUGAUGUUUCAUAAGUCUUGAGAGGGAAUGUCCAUGAACCCAGUAAUCGAAAAUGAAAAAUUAGACUCGUAAUUUAGACCAUGCAGUUAGCUUUAUCCAACUCUGUGGCUAUGGUAUACCGAAUCUUUAACGACGCAAUAACAUCGGCUCUUCUGGAGUUUUGUCUUUUAAAGUAAAAAUACCUCGAGUAUGUGAGUCGUUAAAAUAUAGCGUUCCAGUAUUCUUCUCUGAACUAUCCCAAAUUCCAACUCUGAUAGAAGUAUGGAGUAUCUGUGAAAAAUGUCGCUCCGACACGGCUUACAAACCAUAAUUCGUGUGGUGCGUCGACGGGUGCAGCAACAAGCACAGCAGCACGCCCACGGACAUGCAGGCCGACAGAAGCCCGAUGUUGCGAUUCCAGAUCCCGCUCGACACUACAGUGCUAGACCCAAUGUUGUUGCAAGUCCAAAGAAGUCACAGAAUCUAGCAAACAGGGCUGCGCAAGUAUGGAGAUUGACACCGGCUUCGUUGCCUCGGAUUCCUCUUGCAAGUGGAAUUAGAAAUGUUCCAUUAUCAUCAAGACGUCCAGUGUUGCCAUUAUUGCUUGGGUUUGCAGGAAUUGGAUUUGUCAACCAAGACCAAGUCCAAAAUUCUCGACAUGGCGGAGCUGCAACUGCAAGGAAUGGCAUAGAUCUCGAUACAGCAAUAGAACUUGUGCAGUCCAUCUUCAAGAAUAACAGCAUUAAACCAGAAGAUGAUCACAUCCCAGACUACCCAUCCAAGCUGGCCGGUUAUACACUUUCAAAAACCAUCAUCGCCAAGGGAACAGAAGGGGUGGUCUUCGGUGCGAGGCAGCAAGUUACCCAUCCUCCACACGAGGAAGAUGAAGAGUUUGCUGACCCCUCUAAUGGAAACCACCCCGUGUCCAAUGAGUUAACAAAUGGAGGGGUUGGACAGCAGCAAAAUGAGGAGUUGCCUGUCUGUGAUGAUAAAGAGUGCAAUCUAGCAUUAAAGAUGAUGUUUAAUUACAACCUGGGAUCCACCCCUGCUGAUGUCUUGGCAGAUUUUGAAGCGGAACGGCUCCCUCUGGUGAUGGCGAAAGGGUCAUUCUCUCGGUCUAACAAAUUCAAAGGUGAUACCAGACCCAAGGAUAGCCUUCAUUCCAGUCACCCAAAUAUAGUUCUGAUGCACGAGGCAUUUGUGGAUGACGUGAGUGUUCCUUGUCUUAGCUCUGCCGUCUCUAUGUUUGACAUGGCUCUACCAGCGAGGCUCAAUCCGAUAGGGGCAGGGGCAGACAUCACCAUGUUCAUCGUCAUGAAAAGGUACAGGACUUCGUUGAGAGAUUACUUAGACGUGCAAUGUGGUCUUUCCGACCGAACUCUCAUGGUCAUCGUGGCACAGUUACUUGAAGCGGUCUGUUACCUUGGUAACCAGGGCGUUGUCCAUCGUGACCUCAAGAGCAACAACAUUCUCGUUGAUUACGAGGCAGUGUCUGGAGCAUCUCCUCAUGUUGUGGUAGCUGACUUUGGAUGCGCGCUUUCUCUGCGUGGGCGAAAUCUGAUGGAUUCCGUGAGUGUCGAUGACAGGAAUAGGCAAGGCAAUUCAGCACUUAUGGCACCAGAGGUUAAAAAAGGAUACCGUGACAGUUGCCUCUGUUACCAUGACUACCUUAAGGCAGACGUUUGGGCAGUUGGAGCUAUCAUCUAUGAAGUUUGCGGUCAGAAAAACCCAUUUUACUCUGAUCGAAUGAACAGCGAUGGCCAUGAAUAUGGCAAUCUUCCCCAACUGCAAAGUCAAGCUGUGGGACUUAAGAUAGUAACCGAACUUCUCCUAGAAAAAGAUCCAAAGCAACGACCAUCAGCUCAGGUAGCUGCAAACAUCCUGCAUCUGUUUCUGUGGCAACCAUCAGUAAGCAGUCUCGUUCGGCUUUGUCAAGGCCAGUCUUCUGUCAACGAUGAGCUGUCUGUCUGGAUUAUCAAGGUCUGUAUGCUGCAUCAGGUUCAAAAGGGGACAGCAUUGACACACCCUUUUAGGGGUCAUGGCCCCAGUGGUACGUGGGAAAGAGUCGAAGAGAAUCUUGUAGAGACGUUCUUGAAUCGUGUCGCUACAGAUAGUCUGAUCGAUGCAACACAAUGCCUUAUUGAAAGGGUUCGACCUCUCUUCACUGCCAGAACUACGGGAACAGCACAGCUGGCGGAUCUGAUGACAAGACAAUAUCAGUACACUUUGGACUUGAACCCCGUCGCUGUUUGAGUUUUCAGGUGUUUUACUUUUGAUGCCUCUCUUAGUGACAGUCCGAAUCUUGUGCAUCUAACAUUAUACAAAUCCAGCAAUAUAUUUUGCCAGUAAUGAUGAUAAUAAUAAUGUUAGAAACACGUAAUAAUUUCUACUUUUUUCAUUAUGCAUUUAACAAUGAAAUGUAUUGAAGAUAGCUUCCCACCAGGACAUAUGUUGGAAGACGAAUAUCAAUAUUUGUUGUAAAAUUUGACAAAUUGUAAUAUCACAGGACUUGAUUGAUCGUACGCUUGAUUUUCACGAUUGAUUGUACAUUGUAGUCAAUGGAAUCAAUUGUAGAAAAAUGUUCUACGAACACCAUGAAUAAUUUAACUGCACACUGUUGUGUGAGGACAUUGGUCUCGUUGAUAUGUAGAAUGAAACAGGUUAUCCAAAAUUUUUUUUAAAAUCGUAACCCUUUGAACCCAAAAAUCUGUAAUACCGGCUUCACCGUGUAUAUGCAUAUAUGCAUAUACCCGAAAAGCCGAAAUACCGGCUUCAAGUCGUGUGAUUUGAAAAGCAAGGGUUUUUAAAUAUCAGGUGACAUUAGAAAAUAAUGUCAACUAGAAUUUUAAUUUGUCAUGAGGACGAAUUAGGUGAUCUGUCUCUGAUUUCAUGAUCACGAAGACAAUCAGCAUGUUUAUUGACAUCAAUACGAUGAUCAUAUUGAAAACUAAACUUUUAUUACAAAAAGAACAUGAUGAAUACUCUUGAAAAGAGAGAAAUGAGAAACUUUGGAAAAUAGGUGUAAAUGAUACACAUGGUAUAUGUACAUGUUAUAUUAAAAGGAUUUUUAAAACUAUUUUAUUGUGCAAUGUUAUAUACCUUGUAAUGGUCAUGAAGGACCAUUUGUGAAAUGUUGAAAAGAAAAAAAAAAAAAAAAAUCUCAUGUUCACCCCUGGGUUCCAACCCUCGACCCUAAGAACGCAAGUCUGAUGCCUUAUCAACUGAGCUACACUAUUUCCCAUAGACUUUACACAUAAGCACUAUUUCCCAUAGACUUUACACAUAAGCAAAUUGAGAGGAUCUCAAUCCAAUUUUGCAAGUGAAAUACGGGCAUGAUCCCGGCAUCUGAUCGGAAAAUGGAGACCACAUUUGCGAUAGCUUACAAUCUCAGCUACAACAUACUCCAAACUCAGAGAAAACCGACAAAAAGAAAUGGAGAUAUGGCUCGUGAAAUAGAGGAAUGUAAAGUCCAGUUUUGAGAAAAAGUCAUUUCCCAUAGAGAUUGCACACAAAAUGAGCGAAAAUGACUAACCCCUAUAAAUCGACAUUUUCAGGGAUAAUCCGUUCCUUAAAAUGUAAAAAUGCCAACUCAUUAGAUAGAGUGAGUCCUCAGCUACAAUAUAUAAAAAACUGAGCGAAAAUUGACCCAUAUUUAUGGAGUUAGAGUCAAAUUUGCAUAAUUAUGAUGACGUCAUAAGUAGCAAAAUGGGAAUUUUGAGUUCCGACGCCAUUUUGAUGACGUCAUGAUAAAAUUUCGGGUCAAAUGUGACAUGAAAUCAUAUAUCCCAUCCAUACUCUAUUCGAAUAUGAAAAAAAAAUUGGGGGUCAAUUGUUUACCUGAAAUGCUAUAAUGAGUUUUGUAUAGGCAUGUUUUUGCACAUAUAUUGUCUAUGGUUAGUGCGUGCGCGCAUGCGUGCUGUAAACUUUGAUGGAGGCUAAUUCCGUUAUUACUUGUCGUAGAAGGUUGAUCAAGGUAUCAAAUUACUCAGAAUUAUAUUAUCAAUGCAUUGGUAUUUAAAAAAAUGCCGAUCCUAUGUUGUAUAGUGCCGUUAUGCGCGAGAACGCGCGUGUAACCGUGCGCGCGCAAAUUUUUGAAAUGCUUAAAAUGACCUGAUUCGUACUCUACUUUGGUCAAAAAGUGAUUUUGAGCAUUUUAAAAUUUUGACGCGCGCGUACGCGCACGUCGUGACCUUUACAUGACCUUUGAUGACAUGGACAGUUGACCCUUGACCUGAAGUUAAUGUGAUGUAAAUAUGGUUAAUUUUUGAUAAUUGAUAAUGAAGAUAUGAUUGAAACUGUGAUUUUACAAAAUGGCGUCUAGAUGACGUCAUGAUGACCUUUUGACCUUGAACUUGCUUUAUACACAUCACAUGAUAAGUCCUCAUAUCUGAUGAUAUUUUGAAGAUAAUUGACGAUGUAGAUUUGGAGAUUUUGUGCUAACAAGAAAAGGGCGGAAAAUAAAGAAAAAUAAUAAAUAAAUAAAAAAGAAAAUUCGUACGAAAUUAAGAGUUGAUCUGUCGAUUGACAGAUCACCUAAUUAUAGAUAUUUAGUCAAACACUUCAGUUUAUAAUUUUGUCGACGAUUGGCUUUCAUUUAACAUUAAAAAUGGCCAAAAUAUACCAUCCUAUCAAGAGGCUAAUGCGAUAAUACACAGCGAGGUGUAUACGGACCAUGCGUAAGCUAUUGUUGAAUUUUACUUCCAUCAAAGCAGUGAUUUUGAGAAAAAAUUGACAAUAUUGAUUGAAAAUUGAGAUUGUCAUUAGUACUGGAAUCUAAACAACAUCAGCCGGGCCAGGCCGGGUAACAGCGGAGUGAGGUGCAGCUGACAUGGCUGGGCUUGAAUCAUGAGAACAGGACUUAAUUAGGAAAUCAUUAUUUCAAACGUCAUUUGUUCUUUCAUUUAAGGCCAAAUAAUUCAAUGAUGAUGAUAUUAAACAAGAUUAGCACUUGUAAGGGGCUUUCACAAUUGCUUGUGUGAUCGUUUGCGAUCAUUUGGUCACAAUAUAUGUUGCACAGAACCGCAACGGUCGUAAGCAGUCAUACCACAAAUUGUGAAAGGGGCUUUAGGAAGCACUGCCAAACACUUGAUGUACUAGUAUAUAGGUGUAUGAUGGGGUGUCCAAACUUCGCGGACUUUUAAAAAAUAUUCAUCAGGCUUAAAUUUGUUCACAAAAUAUUCAUAAUUUAUACAAAACCAAUUCAAGAAAUAUUUACCACAUUGACGGCAUGCAAGAUCCUAAACUAUAAAAUCAUGGACGAAAAUGUAAAGUAGGUCAAGGGGUUUCGCCGGUAUCGCUAUCUCAAAAUUCUAUUCCGAUCGGCGAAUGCGCGCUGUGCUGGAAAACCGUUCUGAAAAGUGUGACCUAACUUCGCGGACCAAAGUUUUUGUGGAGAUUUAAACAAAAACUCAAGCUCAAAAAGUGAAAUAUUUAUACCAGAUUGACAGCAAAAUGCUAUAGAAUCAGUUAGUACCACAUUUAACUCACAUUUUUGAUGAUUUCUGCUUGCAAAAUGGUGAUAUCGUGAUGCUUGUUGAGAAUAUCAGAUUUCUUCAAAACGGGCGCCAACGGUGACAAAUUUGCCGAUCUUUUGUCAAUAUUUUCAUGAUUACUGAACUCAUCCUAAAGAAACUUACACCAAAGGGUAAUUUUAGGUCGCUUUUCACGUUGAUGAUGUCAGAUUUUAAGGAUAUCGGCUAGUUUUUGAGAUAAUGACCGUCCACGAAGUAUGGACACGCGCGAAGUAUGGACUCACUGCCAUACAGUGUGUAGUCCUGUUCAGUUUGUUUGCCAACAUUUAUUUACAUUGAUUUCAAUUAUCAAAAAAGAAAAAGGGUGAAGCAAUCAUGGUACCAAGCAGGGCAUAGCAUUUGAAAUGAAAACCUGUCCCAUGGGAUUUUAAAUAGUUUAAAAUGAAGCGAAAGCAGUAAAUUCCAUUUUUCAUCUGUAUUUCAUCCAAUGGGACAUUUCAAAAAGACGCAUGUGUGACACACUUAAUUUCAGUUGCAUGCUGUAUAUAAUGCAUCAUCACAUUGGUCAGAUAAUGUGGCUGAGUGAGAUACACACUAGGGCCGUCUGCACCAGCCCGAGUUUUCAAAUUAGCGUGCUAUUUCUGAUCCCGAAAAUUAUCCCGAUCUGAACAACCUCGGGAUUAUUUGUAAUGGAAAUGCAAUUAUCGCGCUCGUUCGUAGGAUUAAUCUCAAGAUCGCAAUCCCAAGUCAACUUGGGAUUAUUUGCAAAAUAGCGCGCUAUUUUACGAAUUAUCCCGCUAAUUCGCAGGUGCGGACGCAUUCAGGAUUAUUUAUCAACGGCGUCAGAUCAUAAUGCAUCGGUGUCUCGCUCGAACAGGAAUUGCUUUUUUUGCAAUGGUGGAGACGGGGUUUCGUUAAUCGCGAAGAGGGCCGAUCGGGCUAAAAUCUCGGGCUGGUGCAACACUAGUCUGUUGGGCAAACCCUUCGCUCGAAUUAAGGGUCUGAAUGUGCAGCCUACUCAUGCCUUGUGUACUAACAGCAAGUUUUGUAUGUGCUAGUCUUUAUGUGGAGGCACACUUGUUGAUCAAAGUUCCAAUCAGGGUCUGUGCCUGCAGACUAGUGCAACACCGCCUUAUGACGCACACCAUGUUCAUAUUAUCCCCUGCUUAGUUGGGACAUCCCCAGGGUGUGUGUGUGAGGCUGUGUGAUUGGUCCAGUCAUUUCAGAUUUUUAUGUUCAUUUCCUGUAGCUUCUUUGUGAUUGAGCCAAUCACCUGAACAUGCCUGUGAAGGACAUGUGUAAUAAACUGGGAAGUUUGUUUAAACCCA